AUGUCCAGGAAGAGAUCCGUCAAAGAUUUCCAGAUUCUGGAUUGUAUUGGAGAGGGUUCAUACUCAAAGGUGUAUAAGGCGGUGUAUCUACACAACCGGAGGACCUACGCAGUCAAGAUUUUGUCCAAGAGACACAUAGUGAAGGAGAAGAAGAUCAAAUAUGUCACCAUUGAAAAAACAACAUUGAAUAGACUAGGUCAUCACCCUGGGGUGGUCACUUUGUACUACACUUUUCAGGAUGUGGAUUCCCUCUACUUUGUCAUUGAUUAUGCCAAUAACGGCGAAAUGCUUUCGUUGCUUCAGAAGCUGGGGUCGUUCAGUGAGGCUUUAGCCAAAUACUAUCUUGUUCAACUUGUUGAUGCAGUGGAAUUCAUCCAUUCGAAGGGGAUUAUCCAUAGAGACCUCAAGCCAGAGAAUAUUCUGUUGAGCCACGAUUGGAAACUCAUGGUGACUGACUUUGGUGCAGCGAAAAUCCUCAACGAUGAAGAAUUGCCGAAAGAUUCACUGACGAAUGGGGCUCCAGCACCUACAGCAAAUGGCUCUGACCUAGAAGACUCAACAUCUUCCUCGGAUGAAGGGACCCAGAGCUCUUCAUCCAGAACUGGUUCGUUCGUGGGAACUGCAGAGUAUGUUUCUCCCGAACUGCUAAAAUACAACCAAUGCGGCUUUGAAUGCGAUCUAUGGGCAAUUGGAUGUAUCCUCUACCAGCUAAUUGUUGGAAGACCUCCAUUUAAAGGAACUACCGAAUAUCAAACGUUCGAGAAGAUCAUCAAGCUCGAAUAUGAUUACCCAGCCAACUACUUCGUUCCUUCUACUAUCAAAAAGAUAGUAGAGAUGCUGUUGAUAUCAAAUCCGGAGGAGCGACUAGUAGUGGCGGAUCUCAAGAAAAUGGAAUGGUUCAAAAAUGUGUCAUGGACAGAGAAAGACACCAUAUGGAAGAAGAAAGUGCCCAAGUUCGAAAACUACAACCCCCGACUGUACUCAAGACAGGUUAAGGCUGCACCGCAGCCUCAAUCCAGUAUUUCGCGCCCGAUCGCAUACCAUUACGUGGAACCCGGACAGAAACUAACAUCGCAGACAUCAUCGAUGCCGCAGUCAGUCUUGAAUAGACAGAUAGCUCAAGCAUCCAACAACCAACUAGUGAUGAAUCGUAUUCUCACUCAGAAGCUUGCCGACAAAAAUCGUGAGAUAAAAGAGCAACAGGCCCGUAUUCAACAGUCACAUAAUGCCGCGCAAUUGGCUAGUGCCCGGGUCACUGACCUAGGAUCUAAGAACCUGAGACUGGAUGGUGGAAAGGAAACUUUGUCAUCACCUCCGGGAUCCGCUCGAAUUCCUUCCAGUCCAAGAACUGAUGUCACAAUAAACGGAAACGGGCAUGCCAAUGGAAAUGCUAGUGUUAGAACUCCUCCAACAUCCGCCUCACCCAAGUUUCCUAUGGAAAAGAGAACGCGAUCUACCAUUUCGUCACCAACGCUACGAAAAUCUUCAUCUUCAAGCGAAACGCGGCGAGUGAGUAAUCCUUCAGCAUCACCUGCAGUUCAGACAAACAACAGCCAACAAAUGUCUAACGCAGCGGCCGCGGUCAGUGCUGGUGGAUCUGCUUCUGCUGGUAGUGGAAUGACGCCCGCUUUGAUGGAGAUGAUGAAUCCACAGCAUUCCCAAGAGGCGAUAUCUGCUGCUGGUGCGAUUGGCAGUUUGAUGAAUCACAACAGAAGUUUCUUGUCUUCAAAUUCGAGGCCUGCCAGUUCUGGGGGCCAAGGGACUCAUCAACAGGUGAUCAACCCAGUCUUGCUGGAUAAGACUGUCCCAAGAGAUAUCUCUAACAGGUUGAUGGCCAAUGAGUACAUUCUCAAAUUGGACAACAUAUUUAAGUCUGAGCUUCCCCACAAGGUGAACAUACCGCAAACUGCGCCUUCUUCGGCGAUGACACUGGACGAUGUCAUUUUAAACAAGAUCAUUGCUGAGAACUACGCAAGGCUCAGCAGAGACCUCAAAUCGUGUAUUUUGAUCAUCACGUCGAUGGCACGUUUGCUCAUCUUUGAGUUGAACUCAGAUUUCCAACUUCAGGGACCACAGUCGUCUACUCAGUUACAAGCAUUGGCCUUUUACUCUAACGUGGUGGAAAUCAGGCUCACCAACAAGAAUGUUUCGAUGUACGACUAUGAGUUCGAUGAAGCUCUCAAAGAAGGCUACCUUAUUUUGGAGCUGGUCAAUCUGAAUAAGUUGAUUUUCUUGAGCAGCUACAACUCCAAAACAAUUGUACGUGGUGGAAUCAACAGCAAUGUUCGUGUUGGUUUUGCAGUCAACCCAGAAAUCUCGUGGAUUGACUCUCUGCUUAAGGCAAAGGAUAUUCUGAGGCAACAGGCCAAAAACACUACGCCGUCUGGCUCUGGCCUGUCGCCUGAUUAUCCUUUGAGGAAAAGCAAGAGCCAUUCUCCAGGAAGGACGAAGGCAGCUGCAAAGUCAGAGAGCCAGUCGUCAUCGGCGUCAAGCUCGAAACAACAUACUCCCUCUAGCUCAAAUGCUUCGAUAUCGUCCAUCAGUGUAACGAAGCAGGUUGGUAAGAUGAGUCUGGUGGACCGGUCGCCGCCAUUGAACAAAAGGGUAGUCAGUUCGUCUUCCGGAAAAAGUAUCAAAGUUGACGGUUCUGCACCGAAUCCAGAACAUGUCGCGAGCAUUAUGAAGCCAAAGACGCAGAACCAUUUUGCAGCAGCUGCGGCCGCUGCCAGUGCGAGGAAUAAAAAGAAUUAG